AUGACCCACGAAGCUCGGCAUCAAGGCUUUGAAGGCGUGACAGCGACGUCGGCCCCGCCGAUCGCGGCGACGGCGGAUGUCCUGCGCUGCUAUGAAGAGGCGGUGCAAGAGCCCAUGGUCGAGUGUAUGAACCUCGAUGGGCUGUAUACAAAUGCGCAGGCACCGCAUUCCGACCGUAUCGAUGCCCUCGUGCUUCGAGAGGACUUUAGCUCGACGGCUAUUAUCGCCAAGACAUGGCUCACACUGCGUCCCCAAAACAGGUCACAAGCCGUGGAUAUUGAUCUAGAGGCUCUGCGAGAUACCCAAAACAUCCUCGGUGGUCGACGUGCGCGUCUCUUGCAGAGUCCCUCGUUCGCCAACGCGCCGCAUACCGUUGAGCUGAUGCCUGCGUCCAUGGAGCCUAAGGACGCGCGUGGCGAAACCACCUGGGACGUGCAUGAAGGCCAGGCAACGACUCGCCUCGAUCGCCGGCUUGCUAAGCGGUCGCCUGCCCACGAAGCGCCUGAGCCGCGCAUUACACUGCUGCAUAGCGACGUGCUAGAGCUGCCGAUGUCGCCGCCCGUCGGCGAGCCGCCGCUCGAGGCGCCGGAUAUGGUCGCCUCGCUGAACUAUGCGAUGGCGUACUUUCACGAUCGAGCUACGCUCAAGCGGUAUCUGACGGGCGUACUGCAUAGUCUGCGGCCCAAGACGGGCGUCUUUAUUACCGACAUGUUUGGGGGCCCACCUACGGGCGAGGUGUACGAGGACCAAGAGGCACUAUGGACACGGUUCUGGGACGAGCCGGGCUUUCGACGCACGCAUGGAACGCAGUAUGUCUUGCCGACAGUGCGCGACGACGACGACGACGACGAUCUGGUCGUGCGUCCCGCGCCGACCGACGAGGAGCGCGGCACGCGCGCCGAGUGGCCGCGAGGCAAGCUGAAGCUCGUGCGCACCGGCCAAGCUCACGGCGGCUUUGAGUACUGGCGGGAAGAUGGCCCGAUUGAUUAUGCGACGAAUCGGUUCCGCAUGAGUCUGAGCUUCCGCUUCCGCGACCGAUCAUGGCUGCGGGAUGUGUUUUCGUACGACUUUCGCAUCUGGUCGCUCAAGGAGCUGACGGAGGCGAUGGAAGAGGUCGGCUUUGCGUCGGUGCGUCUUCUUGUCCUGCCACGCAAUGAUGUCGACAAGCACGACCACAGCGACACGGACUCGGACAUCAGUGACGAGGUCGCUGCGAUGUUUUUGCGUACCGAGCGCGAAGAAGCGCAGCGACGCAUGUUCCAUACGGUCGAGCCGGGCGAAAAGGUGUUUUCCACUCGGUCGUUUAGCACGUACAUCGUAGCUCGCCGUAGCUAG